CACAGUAUGCACAUUGUAUUAUUUUAGUACAUCGUGAUAGGUUGGAAGUGUUGUUAUUGGGCAACAGGUUAAUCGCGAGGAUCUUCUUCUGCGUACAUCAUAUCAGCUUCUAAUGACAUGUGCUGCUCUCCGCAGGCCAUCCAGCAAGAGCUCCUCCCGGCAAAAGGCCGUCGCUGAGCUGAGCAACGCCAUCUUGCAGUUCGGCAUCAACUUGUACCGCGCGCGGCAGUCGCAUCCCGCAACGCCAGCAAGCGACGCGCAGCAUGCUCAUCACCAUCCAGAAAAUGUGGUCUUCUCGCCGUACCUGAUCGCCAGCACUUUGCAGCUGAUGCAGGCAGGCGCACGCGGGGAGACGGCUGCGCAGAUUUCGCGCCUCUUCCAGUGGCCCGUAGAAGCAGGCGUCGAUGGACAAGAAAAAGCAGAACAGGUGGUCCACUACUUCGAACACCGAGACAAGCGUCUGCUGCCGGACGGCUGUCACGACCACUACCAGAAGGCCGGCUUCACAAUCCAGUACGACUGCUGCCUGCACAGAGACCGCCGGGUGACGCUCAAGGAGGACUUCCAGACACGCCACCUGAGGCCGGUGGCCGAAGAUUCGGCGGCGUCCACGUCACAGAGCACCGGCGCUGGAAGCGGCAGCGAUAACCGCCGCCACAAGCGAGCACACGGCAGCCGGCGUCUUCGUAGCCGGAGCCACGACUUCAUCAACGACUCGGUGCACCAGCGCUGGAAGAUCGAGACGCAGCUGAAAGAGGCCGUCCCGCUUCUGGGGAAGAGCGCCACCUUCGAGGCUCUUCCGCGGGGCACGGUGGACGAGAACACGUCGCUCGUGCUGCUCAGCGCCGUCGGGAUAAAGGGUCGUUGGCGACGCCGCUUCGACCCAAUCCAUGUCGGCGAGGGCUUCUUCUACGAACCUUCCGCCGAUGAAGCGGCCGAAGGGCAGCCGACCGAAGGCUGGAAACCGCAAGCGGUCAUCAUGAUGCACCAGACGGGAAACUUUCGCAUGGCCGACAGCGCCGAGCUCGAGGCCACGGCUCUCGAGCUGCCUUACAAGUCGGGCGCGCGGUACCUCGUCGUGUUUCUGCCGCAGAGGCGAGACGGUCUCGCCACACUCGAGGCCCGCAUGACGGCGGCCAACCUGGCGCAGUGUCUGCGCCAUAUGAGACGACGCACGGACGUCGACCUGGCGCUGCCAAAGCUGCACGUGCGCGACACGAUGGAUCUUGCCGCGGCGCUGUCGUCGAUGGGCGUGGACGCGCUCUUUCGCAGAGACGCCGCGGACCUCUCAGGCAUGUGCGGAUGCGAGGGCGCGUUCGUGUCCGUCGCCAGGCACGCGGCGGCCUACCGCACCAGCUGGAAAGGACGCGUCAGUCGCUCCGCCGCCAUGCCGCCGACGCCGGAACACGAGAAGUUCACGGUGGACCGGCCCUUUCUGUUCCUGGUGCUGAGCCGGCGACCCAACGCCGUGCUCUUGCUGGGCUCCGUGAGGAGCGUCAGACCGCACUUCUGCCAGGAGCUCCUCCCGUCGCCCUGAGCCAAGGGAUCGCGGCGAGGGUUCCUGAAGACAUAUUGAUCGAUUCAUUUUUUGUUUCACUUGUAUUACGUCGAUAACAUAAGAUUACCCGAGCUACGAGUGCACUCUGUCAUUCUUUUCAUGCAAAGAUCAUGGCUUCAAGAGAAGACCUAGUGACUCAAUGUGCAGGAAUUUCGCUCACGUGUUUAAUUUUGGCGCAAGCGAAACUCCUCACCUGCGCUGCGCGAUUGUUCUAAACUGGGAACACACGGCGUGAACUAUGGUGGUUCCCACGCAGGCUAGCAAAGGGAGGGAGUACAUUAAUGAUCGAAUUGUACAAAAUUUGAUAAUAAAGCAGGGAUAAAUAGGAAAGUUACUAACUGAAGCUGGCUUACAGUAGACUAGCAAACACAAGAGCAAAGGU